UGAGUGUAGUAAUAGUAGUAGGAUUGGAACUUAUCUUUUGGCUUCAAAAAACUAAAAAGUUUAAUUAUCCUAUAUUUUUAACAUUGAAUAAUCAGUAUUUUGGCUAUUUAAAUACACCCCAAAGUAAACUGUUCAACUUAUUUCAUUAGUUCUUAGAUAUAUAUAAAGGAACAAUAAAAUGUAAAACUCAGCUUUUGUAUUUCAGUAUUUGAUUUUGAGUCUUGACAAAUACUGAAAUAGUUAUACUAUUACUAGUAUUAUUACUAAAAGUAUAUUGUAUAUAAAAUAUUAUAGACUGUAGUGUCAUAAUUUAGUUGCUAAUAUCUCGAAAAAACAACGCAGUUGAGAUUUGAAUAUCGGAGUACUUGGAUGGAAGUCGGAUACUAAGAUAGGCAUGUUAAUACUAUUACUAUACAAUAUUAAUAGUACGGUAUGUAACAGUUGUUUCACAAAAACAGUUAUUAAGAUUGUGGGAUUUGUUUUUAAACAUAGUACCAUUAUCAAUACCAAAACUUGAUUACAAAGAAUGCUUUAAGAAACUUCAGAUGAACCAAGUAUGGAUAUCAUUAUUAAAGAAGGUAAAGUCUGCUUAAUGUGUGGAAUUAUUCUUGCUGAACCAUACAUUCACUGCACGGAAUGUUUAUCUGACUCCGAGUGUUUCCUGUGUCUUCAUUGUUUUGCCAAGGGAUCAGAAAUUGGGGAUCACCUAAAUAACCACAACUAUGAAAUUGUUAGAAAUAAUUUUCCACUUCUGGAUAAAAACUGGACAGCUGCUGAAGAAGUUAGACUUCUUGAUGCUAUAUUAGGGUGUGGCUUAGGAAACUGGACGGACAUAGCUCGUCAAGUGCAGACUAAGAACAGGGAUGAAUGCAGAUUUCAUUAUUUCAACCUUUAUGUAUAUAAUCCCAAACCCCCUUUACCAGAACUACAAGAUCCUGAAAGUAAGAGUGAAAUCCAUCCAACACCCUUUCAGUACACUAAAGGUGAAGACCCACCGCGUCCAGCCCUUGACUCCCAGUUGCACCGAGAUAUGGCAGGAUAUAUGCCCGCUAGGGGCGAUUUUCAAACAGAAUAUGAUAAUUAUGCUGAACUAGAACUUCGAGAAUUAGAGUUUGGACAAGAAGAUGAAGAUCAGUGUGAAACAGGUAUGUUUGACCUUCGGCAAAGAAUUUCUCUUCUCAAAGAAUGUAGAACCAUGGGUUUAACGAGACUUUACAGCAUUCCUUUGUAUCUUCGUCUGAAGAAAAAACAAAAAGAAAGACAACAGAGAAGACCAGCAUUAACAGAACUGUUGGGCUAUUUAAAGGAUGAAGGUUUGUGUUCACAGUGGCUUCAACGACAGACUGUCUUAGAAGGAUCACGUGGCCUUUCUGAUCAUGCACCUUCUGCUGACAUAAAGCUGGCCAUGGUGAACAUCUACUGCUCACGUCUUAAAGAAAGAGCAAGAAGAAAGUGUACAAUGCAAGAACACGGACUCAUUCAUCCAAGAAAAGCACUGGUAAUGUGGAGGAGGUACGACAACACCCUUAGUAAGCCUUUAACAGACAAACUGUCUGUUUUGGCCCAGUUGUUAACUGGAGAUGAAUUUAUUUACUUUCUUGAAGGAUUACAUU